ACUUCAGUUGACUGAGUUGGCAAAGAAUAUUGGAAAAGAAAAAAAUACCAAUGACUUGACCUUGUCUAAUGAUUCUUUCCCAAUAAUAUAUUCUUCUCAAUUUGGCUUAGAAUUAAUUGGGGUUUUGAUCAAAUUUUCUUAAAGUAUAAUUUAAAGGGUUGAGUUAAUUUCCAAAAAAAAAAACAUGGAUUUGAUAGUUGUUGAAGAUGAUCACGGCAGUUAUUCAAAACCCAUAACUUCCAUGAAAGAAGAAGAGAAGCUUUACGUUGCAGUUGGAAAAGAGGUGAAACAAAACGAAUCCCUUUUAUCUUGGGCUAUCCAGAAUUCCGGUGGUCGCACAAUUUCCAUUCUUCAUGUUCAUCAGCCUGAUAAUUUCAUCCCUAUUUUGGGUGAAAAGUUCCACUGGAGCUCCUUGAAAGAGCAGGAAGUCAAGGCAUAUCGAAGAAUUGAGAGACAAUUUAUGCUUAAAACUUUAGAUGAGUAUCUUCACAUCUGUCACCAGUUUGGGGUGCAAGCAGAGAAGCUCCAUAUUGAGAUGGAUUCAGUUGAGCAGGGGAUCUUGCAGCUUAUUGCUGAACACAAUAUUGAAAAGCUUGUGAUGGGUGCUGCGCAAGAUGACUGCUAUCAGAUGAAAAUGAUGGAGCCGGUGUCAAAGAAAGCAAUUUAUGUGCAGCUGCAUGCACCUGCAAAGUGUCACAUCUGGUUUAUCUGCAAGGGACAUCUGAUCCAUCAAAGGAAGUUUAGUUCAGAAGAGAGAAUUCAUGCUCAGAACGAGAGGUCCAUUAACUCAAAUUUCCUUUCAGUGAAUGGUCAAAGCAAUAAGUCUAUAAUUGGGAAAAAAGAGUUAAUUUUUGGUGAAGGAUCAUCUCAAUUUGAUACAAGUAAUGGGAGAUUUACUGAUCUUUCCUCUAUGGACAACAUCAAAACUCAUGUUUCUUUGCCUGAAUUUGAUCUAGAAGCUAAUUGCUAUGACUGGGGUGAAUUUUUAGAACAGAAUCAUCAACGUCAUUUAUCUUCUUCUCAUUCAGAUGCACAGGAAAUAUCAUCAGGAGCAUAUGCAGAGGCAGAGAGAAAAUGUAAAGAACUUGAGGAAGAACUUGAAAAGUUAAAGAAUGAUCGAGACAAGCUUAGGGAAAAAUACCAGGAUGCAAUGGAUCAGAAUUUAGUGUUGGAAGGCAAAGUUGCAAACUACGAUCAAGUACUGAAGGAAUUAGAGGAAGGGUUUAUUUCUAAUGUAGAACUGCUACAGGUUUGUGAGAAAGAUCGCGAUGACUUGAAGAUUGAACGUGACAGUGUCCUCAAGACAGCUGAAGAAUUGUUAAAUCAAUCUGCUGAAGCAGCAUCCAAAUCUGAUGACCUCAGGUUCUUCACCACGUUCACUUUUGCAGAGAUUGAAAGAGCAACUAAUGACUUUGACCCAUCAUUUCAACUAUGGGAAGGCGAGAAUGGAAGCAUUUAUAAAGGAGUUAUCUCCCACACACAAGUAACUAUAAAGAUGUGGCGUCCUGAGGGCCUGCAAGGUCCCCAAGAGUUUCAUCGAGAGGUUGAAAUAUUGAGCAAGUUUAGACAUCCAAAUGUGGUAACUCUUAUGGGAGUUUGCCCUGAAGCUUGGGCUAUUGUCUAUGAGUUUCUCCCCAAUGGAAGUCUUCAAGAAAGAUUAAACUCUACAGGGGAUACGGAUAAUAUUCCUCUUUCAUGGCAAACUCGAAUAAGGAUCGCCACUGAACUAUGUUGUGUUCUAAUCUUUCUUCAUUGCCAUGGACCUGAAAGAGUGGUUCACGGUGCUCUAAACCCCACCUCCAUUUACCUUGACUCGAACUUCACAUGCAAGAUCAGUGACUUCGGAACUGAGCUGUCUAACAGUUCCUCGUACACAGAUCCUGAGUAUAUUAUGACAGAAGUGGCUACACCUGCCAUGGAUGUUUACUCUUUUGGAUUGAUACUGCUGGAAUUGCUGACUGGAAAACCAGCUUCUGAUAUAACAUAUGAAUUGGAAGACGCUUUGAAUGAAAACAGUUUUGAUACCCUCUUGGAUUCUUCAGCAGGAGAUUGGCCAUUUGUGCAAGCUGAGCAAUUGGCUCGGCUAGCAUUGAGAUGUUGUGAGGAGAAUGCAAGUGAUCGGCCAGAUUUGGAGUCUGAUGUAUGGAGGAUCCUGGAGCCAAUGAGAACUUCCUGUGGGGGUUCAACGUCGUACCAUCUUGGAGAUGAACAUCGUCAAGCUCCAUCUUAUUUCAUUUGUCCUAUUUUCCAGGAAGUCAUGAAAGAUCCACAUGUUGCAGCGGAUGGCUACACUUAUGAGGCGGAAGCAUUGCAAGGGUGGCUUGACGGUGACCAUGAUACGUCCCCCAUGACUAAUCUACAACUCGAACACUGCAAUCUCGUUCCCAAUCAUGCCCUUCGUUCUGCCAUCCAAGAGUGGAGGCAGCGGCAUUGACUCUCAGGCUCUCUGCAACACUCAAAUUGCCUUCCUUAAAGCAUAUUAGACAAUAGCAGUGAUGAAUUUAUUCUUCUUUUUUGUAUUCUUGGGUGAUCUUGUAAGUUUGUAAAUUGCUAAGACUCUAAGAGUGUGGGAUGGAAAUCUAAAAAUGGAGAUUUUGUAGAUGUAUUAAAGUAUUUCAGUAUUUGUAUAUGAUAAGAAAUAAAUUCCAAAUUUUCCCUAUUA